UUCAUUUCAUAUUCUUUUCCCCAUAUAAUUCAUCAAUCAUGAAUCCAUCAAAAGUUUUCGUGUUCCUAUUCCUUGUCCUGUCUUCUGCUGCUAUAUUUCCCGGCUCUCGUGCUUCCGACCCCGACGCACUUCAAGACUUAUGCAUUGCUGAUACUUCCAAAGGAACAAAAGUGAACGGAUUCCCAUGCAAGGAAGAUGCCAACAUAACAGCCGCCGACUUCUUCUUCACCGGACUAGCAAACGCCGCCACCAUCAACAACUCCGUUGGAUCCACCGUCACACCGGCCAACGUCGACAAAAUCCCCGGCCUCAACACACUCGGCGUUUCCCUCGCCCGAAUUGACUACGCAGCGGACGGCGGUCUGAAUCCGCCACACGUGCACCCACGCGCCACCGAGAUCGUCUUCGUCCUCGACGGGGAACUGGACGUUGGUAUCAUAACUACCGCCAACAAACUGAUUUCCAAAACCAUAAAAAAAGGUGAAAUCUUUGUCUUCCCCAAGGGACUGCUUCACUUCCAGCAGAACAACAAGGAUAAACCCGCUUCUGUUAUCGCCGCCUUCAACAGCCAGCUGCCCGGAACUGUGUCGGUCGCCGCCGCCUUGUUUUCCUCAUCCCCCGCCGUCGACGACGGCGUCCUCGCCAGAGCUUUUCAGAUUGAUUCCCAAGAGGUGGGAGAGAUAAAAUCUAAGAUUGCGGCUAAGAAGAAGUGAUCUAUUUUAUGUAUACUGAGAUUUUAUUAUUACUUUUUUUCUUUUUAAUGAGGAAUAAUUUUUGUUCGUGAAAAAUGAGGAAUAAUUGUGUUGGUUUCUACUA